CGGCGCGAUGAGGGUGCUCGCGGGGCCGGCGCUUUCCUCCCCGCGGCCGCCGCCUCCGCCUCCGCUGCUGCUGCUGCUGGUGGUGGGGAUGGCGGCGGCGGCGGCAGCGCUGGCCAAGGAGACGGCCUUCGUGGAGGUGGUGCUUUUCGAGUCCAGCCCCGGCGGCGACUACACGACGUACACCACAGGUCUGCAGGGCCGCUUCUCCCGCGCGGGGGCCACGCUGAGCGCCGAGGGCGAGAUCGUGCAGAUGCAUCCUUUGGGACUCUGCAAUAGCAAUGAUGAAGAGGAUUUGUACGAGUAUGGCUGGGUUGGAGUGGUGAAGUUGGAGCAGCCUGAGCUGGAACCCAAGCCCUGCCUGACUGUUCUGGGCAAGGCCAAGCGGGCAGUUCAAAGAGGGGCCACAGCUGUCAUCUUUGAUGUGUCUGAAAACCCAGAUGCAAUCGAUCAGUUGAACCAGGGCUUGGAAGACCCUCUGAAACGGCCAGUGGUGUAUGUGAAGGGGGCUGAUGCAGUUAAGCUGAUGAACAUUGUUAACAAGCAGAAGGUUGCACGAGCGCGAAUACAGCACCGGCCUCCACCGCAACCUACAGAAUACUUCGACAUGGGCAUUUUCUUGGCCUUUUUUGUGGUGGUGUCUCUCGUUUGCCUCAUUCUCCUUGUCAAGAUCAAACUGAAGCAGCGCCGCAGCCAGAAUUCCAUGAACAGACUUGCUGUGCAGGCGCUGGAAAAGAUGGAGACACGAAAGUUCAAGUCUAAGCUGAAAGGGCCUUGUGAAGGAAGCUGCAGUGCCCUGGACACACUUGGCAGCAGCUCUACCUCUGACUGUGCCAUUUGCCUGGAGAAAUACCUGGAUGGGGAGGAGCUGCGUGUCAUACCCUGUGCUCAUCGGUUCCACAGGAAGUGUGUGGACCCGUGGCUCUUGCAGCAUCACACCUGCCCCCACUGCCGCCACAACAUCAUUGAGCAAAAGAAGGGAGCCCCCGGCCAGGUGUGUGAGGAGGAAAUUGUGCACCAGAUGCGAAGCCGCCAGCACCAGCAACGUGUGAUCCUGCCAGUCCAUUAUCCUGGCCGAGUGCACAGAGCCAGCCAGGUCACUGCUUACCCCACACGGACCAGCAUGGAUCCCCACGGAAAUCCCAUCACAGUCUUGACGGUGGACCGGCAUGGGGAGGCGCCGGCCUUCCUCCGAAGCUACCAGCCCAUCCACUUGGACCACACUUUGAAUGCCCACCAGUGUGGAGUGGAGCACAGGGCCUACCCUGCUGUUCACCCGUUCCGGAGACCCAAGUUCAGUAGCCACCACUUCUCCAAACCAGCUUGCUUUUCCCAGUACGAGACCAUGUUUCAGCACUACUAUUUCCAAGGCCUUAGCUACCCAGAGCAGAAUGGGCAGCUGCCCCUGGGAAUGGCUGCCAAAGGUCCCCCCCGUGCCUUCCAGACUGCAGGUGGCGGCGGUGGCAGCAGCAGCAGCAGCAGGCGGCUCUUUGCUCCUGUGGUCCAUGUUGCACCUUCCUCCCGUUUGGAGAGCAGCAGCACCUCCACUUUCGGCUGCUACCAUGGGCACCGGUCUGUCUGCAGCGGCUACCUGGCUGACUGUCCUGGCAGCGACAGCAGCAGCAGCAGCAGCAGCUCAGGCCAAUGCCGCUGCUCCUCCAGUGACUCCAUGGUGGACUGUACUGAGGUCAGCAACCAGGGCGUCUAUGGCAGCUGCUCCACCUUCCGCAGCUCUUUGAGCAGUGACUAUGACCCAUACAUCUACCGCAGCAAAAGUCCCUGUCGGGGGGGUGAAGUGGGUGGGGCAAACCGAGGGGCAGUGGUUCUUCUGGAAGGGCCCCACACUCCGAACCUGGCAGAUGGGGAAUGCCUGCCUGUGCUGGCCACCUCCAUGGGGGACCAGCUCUCAAACUGCAGCCUUGAGAUGAACUACAGCAGCAGCUCCUCUCUGGAGCCCCGGGAGCCUCCCAGCACUGUCUCUGAGGGGGGAGGACCUGAUGCCUUUCCUGGGGCAGCUGGGGAAACAAGUCAGACCUGCAAAGGACCCCGGGAGCAAGCUUGUGCCUGCUGCUUUGAGGCUCCGCCUGCACCCCGGGAGUCGCUGGGCACGCUGCUCCUUGGGCCACCCCUUUGGACAGGAUGUGGUCCGCAGGCAGGGAGAAGUCAGGGUCUGUACAGUAUUAGGACAGAGGGGGGGAAAUACGGGGCUUUGCCCUGUUGCUUCUAUGAGGAGAAGCAGGUGGCCAGCACCACCAGCAGCAGCAGGCGGCCAAGUCAACCUGGCUGCUACACAGCUGAGGACUAUGCCAUCAACGUGCAGUACACAUGCACAGAGGACUCCAUCUUGUCGGGCUGCUAUACAGGUGUGUGUGACUUGGGCCAGCGCAUCUCAAUAAUUCCUGAGAACCGAGACUGUGAGCUGGCACUGCCCGUGGAUUGCCAUGGAGGUGGCGGAAGCAGCAGCCACCCUUGGGUGGGGCCACGUGGAACAGCAGACCUAGAGCAACUCCGCCUGGCUCCAGGAGAGGCUCACAGUGAGCUGCCAGAGGAUCAGCCGGUGGACUUUCUGCAAGGGGAAGCCCAGGGGCUCUUUCCCAGCCCCACCAUGAGCUGUCCUGAGGUAGCUGUGGCAGCAGGAGGCACCCACAUAAUGGGUUGCACUUCUCCAGGACGGUGUCAGAUUGGUGACAAAUAAGAGCAGGAGCCUGUCUUGAUGGCUCUCAGUUUCUGUGGACUUCAAAAAAUGUCUAGUUUUGAUUAACCCAUGAAACUGGUAACCUGGAGAAUGUGCCUGCCGUGGAGUGUGCUCUGGUCCUGCAUUGCGAUCUCUGUGCCACAAAGUCUUCUCGACAAACCACAGUGCCACACCUCCUGCUGCUGCUGGGCAGGUGACCCAGAUGGAGUAACCAAGCCCUGCUGUGUGCAGGGACUACCCUGGCCUGCCUUAAAAAGCAAACAGCACCUUGAAGAAAAACAGGUCCAAAGGAGUGGCUGGAGGGGUGUGUGUGUGGAAAUGACACACAAUGUCUGCUGAGUACCUGGUGCCUAUCCCUCCCUCCUCAUUGCGAAUCCAGCAGCAAUCCACAGGUUGAGGGCAGCAGUAUGGAGGAUUCCAUCGCAUGGCAUCCUCUGGGAUGGCUUCACCUGCCCUCAGAAGGGGAGGGAUCAGGGGACCUAUGAAUGUUUCCAGGAAGCACGCCUGCCACUGUCAGAAUGAUUCCAGGAGUUCUGCUGAAACAAGGGGGGGCUUACUGGGGUGUUAUGUGUGCCUGAUGCUGCUCUCUGGGGUGUAUAGAUUGAGGCUGGACCUAAGCACUGCCUUUUGUACACUGCUGGAAAGAUGGAUGCCACCAGCUUUGGGGCCCUGUGCCUUGUGCCUGUCUGCCUGCCUGCAUUCAUGCCCCUGGGCAGGUAGAUCCCUCCCUGUUUUUCUUACCGUUGAUGCAUGUUCUCACCUACUUCCAAUUGUUAAUCGUUUCCUGUGGAAACAAUGGCUUCUGGCUGCUACAGGCAAGAUUCCAAAUGGCGGCAUCCAGUCUGUCCAAGUGGGCAAGACCUUGGGAAAUGCCACUGUUGGGUGGGGGCUGUGGAUGGAUGCAUGUGGUAUGCAGGCUGCCUCUAUCUUUUCUGUGUCUGUGAUGGACAGUUUGCUAAUCUGUGUCCAAAAUGUGGAUUGUGGGAGGAGACUUUUUAAUGUUUUCUUAAUGGAAUGUGCCUAGAACUCACUCUUCCCCCCCACCAAAUCCCCAACUUUAAUUUACUAAAACCAUGGUGCUGUGUGAUGCAGAAAGGAAACAAACCUCUCCAUUUUGCACCAGCUCAUGAAAAUGGAAAGAAAGCUCAAAUAAGGUAAAUUAAAAGUUGCUCCUAGCCCAUUUAAGAUUUUAAUUAAAAGACCCCAAUGUCUUUUCAUUGAACAUUUUGUGUGUGUGUGUGGGGGGAACGGCCUGCAGAAGGGAACAUGGAUUCAGUUCUGAUUUCUGCUGUAUGAGAUCAAAGUGAAGAGAAGCCAUUCCAGGACAUGUGGCCAUGUUGUCAUCAUCACCUCAUGUUCUUCUUUGGGAUCUCUGAAGUUAAAUGUAUAUGGGAUCCCACAUCCAAGCGGAGCAGCAUUCCAGAAACGUCUGGAGGUCAGAAGAGUUUUCAUCCCCUGCUCUUGAGCGAGGAACCCCUGUGCUACUGCGUGCCUCAAGGCUGGGCCCUCAGCGCUCUCCUCAUUCUUUCUGAGCAAGAUAGGGAACUCUUUCUCUGUCGUGCUUCAGAAUCAUUUCUCAAAACACAUUUCAUCUCACUUUUUAUAUCCUAUUAUUGCUGUUUACCUUCAUCUUCCAGAGAGAGAGAGAGGUGAGAAUGGAAUUUGGAAAGGUUUUCCCUGAUGAGUACCUUCGUUUCUAUGUGCUUUCACCUCCGUUUCCUGGUAUUUCCUUCAUUAAAAAAAUGUACAGAAAUGGAGGCUUCUGCACCUUACAAAAUGCUGUCCUUGUGCAAGAACAUCCCCUGUGCCCUGAUGUCCACAGCAUCGAUCUCUGUCUGCAUUGCUUAAUUUCCUCAAGCAAGCAUGUCACAGGUGGAGAGCUGCAGGCUCCGUGCCGCUUUGGGAAUUAAACACUUUCAAAGUUGCUCAGUCUGAUACUGGUGCUUGUUGUACCAGUCUCUAAGGGUGCAGUUGUAGAGUGCCUGCAGACCAGGUGCUCGUAUUGCUCUUACUCCAUUAUUGUUCUGACCUUCUAGACAAGGGGUGGAGAACCUUAGGACCAGGGGCCAGUUGUGACCCCUCCAAGCCUCUCUGUCUGGCCCUUGGAUCUUUACCCAGGCUGCACCCCACUUGAGGUUUUUUUUUUUUAACUGGCUGGAAUGCGUCUGCAAACUCUGCUAAUGCAUCUUUCUUCACUUGAUGGAGGAUAGAGAGGAGUGUGUGUAAAGCAACAGCAACAAACUAGCCUAUUGAACAAAGUUAACAUUUACAUACAUUGUUCUGCUCACUUUUACCGCUGGACCCACCCACCAGUGGCAUGUGGCCCCCAGGAAAUUUGUCCUGAAGGGAAUAUGGCCCUGUUGCCACCUCUGGCCAGGACCAGGUUCUGUCCCAGUUCUCUACAGCAGUUUGGUGACCGUCUGGCCCUGAAGGCUGCUUUCAUCUUGACUCUGGUUUGCAGAUCAUCCAUUGUUGUUAACAACCAAGUUUUGUGAUGAUGCUGACUGAGGCCAACCGUCAGCCCAGCCCAAGGAGUUAUGGGGCUGAUAUGGAGAGUUGUCAUAUCCACAAAGCUGCAUGCGUCCAGCCACUGUUUCCAAGUCCCAACAGUUUGUCUGUUGCAUGCUCAGACACUUCAAUGCACAGCUCCUGUAGUUUGGGCUUAGAGCCAGCGGGUGCGUGUGAUAUGUUUCCAGAAAUGAUUGGGACCUCCACACACAAUGCCACAGUUCACCCUCCUCAGCUUGGUUCCGAUGCCUUGUAUAUGCAUGUAGGCGCAGUUCCCCCAGAUCAAGCCUCAGUAACUGGCAUUUUCUGUACAGACCCUCUUGGUAAUCAAGGACACUUUGGUGCCCCCUAGUUGAACCCUUGGUGCCUAACACACGUGGUUUAAAUGCAGUCACAGCGCAGGCACUUUAUGGUCUUUGUAUAUUUUGUCUCAGUGAGGAUAGUCUUGGCACCUGGUCCAAGCCUUUGUACCAGACACACACAUAUGGACAUGUACUUGGUACAGAUUGCUUGUAGUCUUGUGGCUGGAGAGUUUUGGUAUCUUCUCGAUGCUUUUAACACCAAAACAUUUUUCUAGUUCUUGUACCUUUAUAGCUCAAAUCUCAGUACAUGCCAGGAGCCGUAUAACUGUAUAAAUGUAUGCAUAGCACUUUCUAGCUUUGAUGCUUGGCCCAAGUCAUACAUUAUUGGUCUGUGGAAAUGGUCCAUAGUCCCAAUAUCUAGCCAGGGUAUUGAUACCCAGCAUGCCUCUUAAGAUAAUACUGUGGACUUCUGCAGCUCUUGGCACCUAAACACUGGAACGUAGCAUAUAUGGUGUCAGUACCUAGCACGAACGCACCGCAAACAGUCCAGCAUCUGAUCCCUCUGCUACCUAUGUUAAUUCUUCAGUCUUGGUGCCUAUUUCAAUUCUGGAUGAUUAUUGACAUCUAUGGAAUGGGACCGGGGUGGGGGAUUCAUUUCACUGCCUAGCCUGCUCCUUGGUACUUAACUUUCAGUGUACCAGUAGCUUAAAGAGCCUGCAUGCUAAUGAUACUCUGAGUACCAACAACCUGGCCUCUGGUUUUCUGUGUUCAGCAGCAGCACUCAGGCACCACUUCUCCACACUUUUGGCAUCUGAUUGCUGAAUGUCUUUACUACACAAUAUACACACUUAAGCAGGGAUGGUUGUUGUUAUUCACCCCCUUUUUUUGCCUGCUCUGAUUUCUGCCACUGGCACUUUCUGUCUUUACCUGUGACUUUGUCCAUGAUUUCUUAACAACCUGGCCCAUGAUUUCUGGCAACUUUUCUUUUAAUUCUGAGAGUUCAACUCCCAAGUUGUGAAGGUCUCAUGGAAUUAAGGCUCAAACAAGGCAAUGAAUCUGUUCUGUUCACCAUCUGCCACACAUAGUUAAGCCAUUCUGUGAGCCAUAAGAGCCUAGGCGUGGAGCCCUUUAACACCAUUUGAUAGACUUCUGGUGAGCAAAUGAACUUGCAUUUCAAAGGCAAGCUUCAAAGCACAACUUGGGAUAUUUGCCACGAUACGAUCAGUUCUCCUGCUCACAAUAUCGGUAAUUGAUCUUUGCAUUUUUUUCCCUUCAGUGGAGGAAGGGAUCCCUGGAUGGGGUGUUCCCCCAUCCCACUCCACUGGGCAGGAAGAUGUAAAUGAGAAGAGAUCACUGGAGUGGGGCAAUAACUGAGAGCUAACUCUUAUUGAUGUACAACAGAGUCCAAGAAAUUUCAGGAAGCUGGCUGCCCCACUUGAGGGAUGACUAGUUGGUUUGAGGUGUUAUUGGAUUUAUCAGAGGAGAGGCUCUCCCUUUGUCUUUCCAGAACAUUCUCUGCAAUGAUCCUCAUUUUAGAUCAGUCUUCAAGACUCGCUUAAGAAUUCAACGUUUCUCUUUGAAGCCUUUGCUUGUCACAUACCUCCUAUUAUUUUGGUGUGGUACUAGUUGACGACAAUAUCUACUCUGGUCUCAGUGGAGCCUCUCCCUGAGAGAUGAGCUCUUUAAAUGGGUCUUCUCAUUGCCUGACUUAUAUGACAGGGGAACAGUCUCCUAUCAUGAGGGCAUGACAUGACAAGGCUUGUGGAGCUUUGGGUUCCCUUUCUAGACCUAUCUCUGACUUGAUCUGAGACCAGGAAGAAGAAAGAGAAAGGGUCCAUACCUGGAAGAGCUAUAGUUCUUUGAGUGGCCAUCUAUGCAUUACCCUGGCUUCCUCGUUCCCUGCUACAGGCCCAGCUGUUCUCUCAGGUUUGUGGCAGUCUCCAAGUGACAAGGGGGGGGGGGCUUGAGGUUUGCAGUGCCUUGUGGUUUCCUUCCUAAAGAGCAGGGGCUGCAAGCUUUAGAAGUUUCCAAAAUGCUCCUCUGCACAGGUGAAAACCCUAAUGUGUGACUGCACAGACAACCACUCAAAAGACUUGCAGGUACAGGUAAGCAACCUGUCUUUUGGGGUGAUGAUUCUGCUAAGCUAGGAAUGAGGAACCUGUGGCCUCCAGAUGUUGUUGGCUUCCUGCUUCCAUCAGCCCCAGCCAGGACAGCAAGUGGUCUGGGAUAAUGAGUUGUAGUCCAGCAACAAUCUGGUGGGCACCAGGUCUCCCAACCCUGAGCUAAGCCUUAGACGUUUAGAGGGUAGAAAUAGGCUAUUAAGUGGAGUGUGGAGUGUCGGCACCUCGGCACUUUGUCAUUUGACCUGAAGAGCUUGAUAGGGAGGUCUCUCUCUCUCUCCCCCACCUCCCACCCCAAUAAGUAUAGGGGUGGUUACAACUCCCUGCUGCAGGGCUUCAUUACUUCCUCAGCCUUUCUGUUUUAUGUGUUGGUUAUUUCCUUGUCUGGAGCCCCUUCAUAACAAUGGUCAGUACCGUAGAUGUUUUGAAUCCAAAAGGCCUUUCUAUUAAAUUAUUGCCAUUUUGAUGGGCUCAUGAGGCACUAUUUAAAAUAAUAUUUUUUUUUAAAAAAAGAAACUUCUGUAGCACUUAAACACAGUUUUGUAUAAAAUUUACUGUAAAGAUUUAUAAUAUGGUUAAAGGGCUCUUUCUCCAUUACCAUUUUUAAUGUUUCUAAGACUAGAAAACAACUUGUGUACAUUCUGUAUAUGUAUAGCAGCACAUUUCAUUUAUGGAAAGAUGUUCUCAGAAUAUUUAUUUACUAAUAUAUUUAUCUUAAGCUAUGUCCCAUGUUGAGUGUGAUGUUAUUGUCUAAAGAAUAAUAAUUGAAAAAUCACUAACAGGAAGCUUGUAAAUACACAUUAAUUGCACACAAAGAUUUUGCAAUGUUUGCUGACCAAAAAGUGAUUUUUAAAAGAA